CCGAGAGGCCCGGCCCGUGAAGCCCACGGCCCAUGGUGCUGCCCACCUGCCCCAUGGCGGAGUUCGCGCUGCCGCGGCACAGCGCGGUCAUGGAGCGCCUCCGCCGGCGUAUCGAGCUGUGCCGGCGCCACCACAGCACCUGUGAGGCCCGCUACGAGGCCGUGUCUCCCGAGCGCCUGGAGCUCGAACGCCAGCACACCUUCGCCCUGCACCAGCGCUGCAUCCAGGCCAAGGCCAAGCGCGCCGGCAAACACCGCCAGCCACCCGCCGCCGCCCCGGCCCCGGCCCCGGUGCCCGCCGCUCCUGCUCCGGCCGCCCGCCUCGACUCUGCCGACGGCCCCGAGCACGGCCGUCCGGUCGCGCAUCUUCAUGAUACAGUGAAGAGGAAUCUUGAUAGUGCUGCCUCCCCUCAAAAUGGGGAUCAACAAAAUGGCUAUGGAGAUCUCUUUCCUGGGCACAAGAAGACCCGCCGGGAGGCCCCUCUGAGUGUUACUGUGUCUGCCAAUGGGCUACCUCCAGCCUCGCCCCUUGGCCAGCCUGACAAAUCUGGGGCUGAUGCCCUCCAGUCUGGUGGGAAGCACUCUCUAGGGCUAGACACUAUCAAUAAAAAGUGCCUGGCAGACACAGGCCUCCACCUGAAUGGAAGCAGCAAUCCCAGUGAGUCAUUUCCUCUGAGCCUGAACAAAGAGCUGAAGCAGGAGCCUGUGGAUGAUCUGCCGUGCAUGAUUGCUGGGGCGGGAGGCUCUAUAUCGCAGAGCAACCUCAUGCCAGACCUCAACCUUAAUGAGCAGGAGUGGAAGGAGCUCAUUGAAGAGCUGAACAGGUCAGUACCUGAUGAAGACAUGAAGGACUUGUUUACUGAGGACUUUGAGGAAAAGAAGGAGCCAGAGCCUUCUAGCUCUGCCACACAACCCCCCUUGGCCCAGGACAUGAAUAUCAAGACAGAGUUUUCUCCAGCAGCCUUUGACCAGGAUCAAUUAGGCUCUCCACAUGUACGGGCUGGGUCUGCAGGGCAGACCUUUUUAGGGCCUUCAUCUGCCCCUGUGAGCACAGAUUCCCCGAGCCUUGGUGGCUCUCAGACCCUGUUCCACACCUCUGGUCAACCUGGGGCAGACAAUCCUAGUCCAAGCCUGAUGCAGGCAUCAGCUCAGGCCCAGAAUGCACAAAGAGCCCUCGGGAGUGUGGUGUUGCCCAGCCAGGGGCCAGGAGGCGCUUCAGAGCUGUCCUCUGCCCACCAGCUCCAGCAGAUGGCUGCUAAACAGAAGCGUGAACAGAUGCUCCAGAACACACAACAAGCUGUCCCAGCACCCACCCCAGGCCAGAUGUCAACAUGGCAGCAAACGGGACCUUCCCACAGUCCCUUAGAUGUUCCUUACCCCAUGGAAAAGCCUGCCAGCCCUCCUGGCUACAAGCAAGACUUUGCCAACUCCAAACUACUCAUGAUGCCUGGUGUGAAUAAGAGUUCCCCUCGGCCUGGCGGCCCCUUCCUCCAACCUGGCCAUGUGAACCUGCUGAGUCACCAGUCACCAAGUAGCUUGAAUCAGAACUCUGUGAAUACCCCAGGCUCUGUUCUGGACUAUGGCAAUACAAAACCCCUUUCUCAUUACAAAGCAGACUGUGGGCAAGGAGGUCCUGGGUCUGGCCAGAAUAAACCAGCAUUGAUGGCCUAUCUUCCUCAGCAGCUGCCUCAUCUGAAUAAUGAGCAGAACCCUUUGUUUAUGAUGAAACCAAAGCCAGGAAACAUGUCCUUCCGAUCAUUAGUUCCACCUGGCCAGGAUCAGAACACUUCCACUGUCCCUGUGCCAGCCCAGGCCACCAGUGUGGGGCCCCAGCCUCCCAGCGUGUCCGUGGCCAGCACUCGCAGCAGUGCCCCAUACCUCGGCAGUCAGCAGCAGGCAGCUGUGAUGAAGCAGCACCAGCUGCUCCACAGGGAGCAACAGCAGCACCUGCAGCAGCAGCAGUUCCUGCAGAGGCAGCAGCACCUUCUGGCUGAGCAGGAGAAGCAGCAGUUUCAGCGCCAUCUGACCCGCCCGCCCCCUCAGUACCAAGACCCAGCUCAAAGCACCUUCCCACAGCAGGUUGGACAGUUCACAGGAUCUGCUGCUGCUGCUGUGCCUGGCAUAAACAACUUGGGUCCAUCCAACUCCAGCUGUCCUCGAGUGUUCCCUCAGCCUAGCAAUCUGAUGUCAAUUGGUCCUGGACAUGCUUCUGUUUCUUCUCUUCCCUCCAAUUCAGGCCAGCAGGAACGGGGUGUGGCCCAGUUCACUGGCUCCCAGAGCAUGCCUCAGAGCAGCCUCUAUGGUAUGGCCUCUGGCAUAACCCAAAUAGUUGCCCAACCCCCACCACAGGCCACCAGUGGACAUUCCCACAUUCCACGGCAGACCAGCGUGGGCCAGAAUGCCUCAGUUCCCACUGCCUAUGGACAGAACUCUCUGGGAAGCUCUAGCCUCUCCCAGCAGCAUAGUAAGGGAACCCUGACUUCUGGUUUAACAAAGCCACAAGUCCCAAGGGUGUCAGCAGCCAUGGGAGGUCAGAAUGCCUCCUGGCAACACCAGGGAUUACCAAACCUGAACAGUCAGACCCCAGGGAACAGCAGUGUCAGUCCUUUUACUGCAGCCUCCAGUUUCCAUAUGCAGCAGGCCCACCUGAAAAUGUCUGGUCCACAGUUCUCUCAAGCCAUGCCCAACAGGCCCAUGGCCCCCAUGAGCUCAGCAGGUGCAGCAGGGUCCAUGCUGGCCCCAGUGAGCACACAGCAGAGGAACAGUGGCCCUGCACCCACACCUCCCCAGGCAGCCCCACAGCAAGGCCUGCCUGGUCUAAGCCCAGCAGGGCCUGAGCUGGGGGCCUUCAGCCAGAGCCCCACCUCUCAGAUGAACAGCCGAGCAGGACUGCACUGUGCCCAGGCCUACCCCGUGCGGACCGUUGGCCAGGAGCUGCCAUUUGCCUAUAGCGGGCAGCCGGGCAGCAGUGGGCUGUCCAGUGUGACUGGACACACUGACUUGAUAGACUCACUGCUGAAGAACAGGACUUCUGAGGAGUGGAUAAAUGAGUUGAAUGACUUUUUAGGAUCUCAGUAAUGAGAGUUUGUUGUGUUUCUAGUGUUCUCAGAUUCAAGAAAGAACAACUACUUUGGACCAAAAGCCCAGGGACCCUGGGCCAGUAGCACCAGAGCCACAGCCAAGGCUGGCUCUGGUCAGGAUUUGCUGAGCUCCCGGGCCAGCAGUUGUGGUCUGUUGGGCUGGUCCCUGCUCACCUGCUGGCAUCACUGCCUGGGGUUGGGAUAGCAGGAUAGGGCUCAAAAGUUGAUUUCCUACCCAUAUGACCAAAAAUCCAGUACUAACACUGAAACCCCAUGAUGUCAGGCUUAGAGAAGAAAUUUGUGCCAUGUGGUUGACCUUGCCCAAGAUUUCUCUACUUGCUUCAAGGUUGGGGGAAAUUUUUAAAUAGAAUUAUUUGCAAUUUGUUUCAUAGAAGACUUGUUUUAAAGGUUUUUAAGCAGGUAGAAUAGUGGUGGUUUCCACCAACAAGGUGCGAUGGGAAGCCAGGCUCCUGUGGAUUGGGAGCUGUCCUUAUCCUUCUCCUAAUCAGCUUGUGGGAAACAGUUCCCGAAAGCACAGGCUUCGGAUGCCAAAAAGAACAGGAUGCCACGAGAUGUCAGAUCUUGUAGCCUAGAUAAGGUCCUUUCUAACCUCUCUUCUUCCUCCAGAGUGCUGUCUUUCCUGGCUGCCACUCAUUAUUGAGGAUGCCAGCCCUCAGGAGUCUGACUAAAUGCUGCAGGUGGAGAUUUGGGGUCCAGUGUCCUUGUGGAUCAUGAGCCUCAAACCUUCUGCAGUGUUUCUGACAACUUGUGUUUUACACGACAGAAACAUCGUUGGCAGGUUGUGCACCUGUGUCUUUCCUCUGCCCUAUCUUCAUUCAUUUCCCAUGACCUUUCUUUCUGUCUCCCCUUCCCCUGUCCAGCCAAAAUGGGAAACUGAUUUAUUACCUUGAAAGAGAAAAAGAAACAGUCAUUAAAAUUCCUUCGGGAACCCUAGCAUUGUAGAGAUUUGGAGGAAAAAGGCUGCGGGCCAGCCCAGGGCAAGGUAUUGACUUCUGCUACUCCCACAUCAGAUGACUUGCACUUUUAAAGAUGGCUUUAUAACACUAACACAUCCUUUUUAAAGAUUCAAGUGAAUUCUCUUUGAAGGUAUUAGUUAAUGGAGUUGACUGAGCUGAGAGUCCAGAGAAUAGAUGGCAUGUGGACUGUGUGUGGAAAAUAAGUGAGCAUUUGUCCACAGUGAAAGCCAGGUGGUGAGUACAAAGUGAGACCCUGAACCCCAGAUGGUGGAAAAAAGGAGUUCGCUGAAGAGUGAUGCAUGUGCAGUUAUUUGUGGAAAAACCUCAACUCCAUCUCUGUUUCCCUGAGGUCUCAACAUGCAUCAUCUAAGGAGUACGAGUGAAGAAUUUAGUCAAGGGAAAUAAACACACACAACAAGCCCGAGUCGCGUUAUACACAUUGGUAUCUCGUUUGCACCAGCAGUGCCUUUUCACUGAGAGUGCUUGUACUCUCAGGUCCUUGUCUCCAGUAGCCAUUUGCCACCUGUGGUGGUGUGUGGGCCAUUUCCUCUUCAACCUCCCUGCCUUCCUCAGACACUCAGCUCUCAAAGGAGGCGGACCAAGGCAGUGAAGACGCCACCCUCUGAUCAAGUUCCCCAAUCUCAAGGGGAGAAGGCAGCGUCAGCGGGGUUUCUACCAAAACUAAGACUGGUUGUGGAUCCUUCUUCCUCUCUUGGCCUCCUGCAGCCACUGCCCACCCCUGCCUCCGUCUCCCAGGUGCACUCUGCCUUAGGCCCCACUGGCUAUACAGGCAGGGGGCGUUCUUCUUGCUGCAGUGUCAUAGCAAUAAAAUGUGAUUCUUGGGGUCACCCACAGAGCUGCCCAUGGCUUUAUUUAUGAAUCUGGUUUUGGGGAGUCAGGGAAGAGGUUGCUCUGCUUCCGUGCACAUCCCUAUCUCCCCAGAGCCAUGACUCAGAAGAAAAGGGUGCUCGGACUUUCGUUAUACACUUGUGCUUUGUGUAAAUAAAUGUUUACAAUUUUAUAUUGAAGAUGAAAUAAGCGUUAGAGCGUCCAACUGUAUAUUUUUUACUUUUAUAGAUUUUAAAACUAUGAUUCUUUAUAUAUGUGAUUUUGGGGAACUAUGAUAAGUUUUAUGAAAAACAGUUGAUAUUGUCUUUAUGGUCAUCAAAAGUACAUCAAAAUCCUAUUAAUCCCCAUAGUCUUCCCUCCACUCUGGUUAUAUACCAAAAAGAAAUCUUUACUUUCCUUGUCGUAUCAUUACAAAAAUAAUAAAAAUAUUUUGCUAGUAUGGAAA